UUGAGUGUAUGCGAUUAUUACAUGUGUUUACGUGUCGUGUAUUGUGCGUGUGUGUAGCAACGUUCAACAAACAACGUUCCACACGAACUUGUUAUGCUAGAAAUUCUGAAAAAUGUAACCCCGAAAGUUUGCCCCGAAACUACGCAGCAAAGAUGUCGUUUGUUAAUUUAACUGAAGAACAGUGCUUCAAGACUGGCUGUCCUGAAGACGAGUGCAGACUUCGGUACUGGUUUGUGUUUUUGAGUUCGAGUUUCGUCACCUUUUUCGGAGGAUUUGUGACCAUUUUGAUUUUCCGUCUUGUGGUCUUGAUAAGUUGCAAACGGCGUGUACACGAUGCUUCGCCGCCGACGCCGAGCCUCAAUGGACCGGUGUUCAACGGCAAGAGCCCGGACCUCGAAGUGCCGUGGAUGACAGCCGUGAAAGAUUGGGCCGGUGCUCUCAUAUCAGCUCAGACAAAAAUCGGCAAGUUCUUGGUUUUGAUAUAUUUCAGUCUUAGUAUGGGAUCAGUUGGCAUUUACAUCGUUGAUACUGCUAGACCUAUAGAGAGAUGCUUUGUUUUGUCUGAGGAUAUCUUGUUUCAAAUUGAUCUAGCAUUCAACUUAUUUUUCUUACUGUAUUUUGCACUUCGGUUUAUUGCUGCACCAGAUAAGCUCUGGUUCUGGCUAACAUGGAAUUCUAUCGUGGAUUUCUUUACAAUACCGCCAAUCUUUGUGUCAAUGUACCUUCAUCGUACAUGGCUAGGCUUGCGUUUCCUGAGGGCUUUGCGGAUGAUUCAGCUCUCAGAGAUUCUACAGUUUCUGAGUAUUCUACGGACGAGCGACACGAUAAAACUCGUCAAUCUGGUGACGAUAUUCUUCAGCAUGUGGCUGACUGCGGCUGGCUUCAUUCAUUUGGUUGAGAAUUCUGGUGAUUUCUGGAUUGACUUUAGCAAUUCACAAGAAAUUGAUUACUGGACCUGCGUUUAUGUGCUCGUUGUGACUAUGUCCACCGUUGGUUACGGUGAUAUAACAGCCAAGACUACACUAGGCAGAGUUUUUAUCGUUCUCUUCAUCUUUGGCGGCUUGGCCAUGUUUACCAGCUAUCUACCGGAGUGUUUUGAAAUUCUCGGAAGACGGAAAAAGUAUCAAGGAUCGUACCAAUCAGAAAAGGGAAGAAAGCAUAUCAUCUUAUGUGGACACAUCACUUACGACAGCGUGGCUAACUUUCUUAAAGACUUCUUACACAAGGACAGAGACGACGUCAAUGUUGAGAUAGUUCUCCUCGAUAACUCGGAGCCAGACCUGGAGCUUCAAGCCCUCUUCAAGAGGCAUUUUACUCAGCUCGAGUUCUUCCAAGGAUCGGUCUUAAAUUCCGUGGAUCUUGAGAAAGUCCGGCUGAAGGAGGCCGAUGCCUGUCUGGUACUGUGCGAUAAAUACUGCUUGGAUCCUGAUGCUGAAGAUGCUGGGAACAUCAUGAGAGUCAUCUCUGUUAAGAACUAUCACUCAAAGUGUAGGGUUAUCGUCCAACUGAUGAACUACCACAACAAGGCUCAUCUGCUGAACAUCCCCAGCUGGAAUUGGCGUGACGGGGACGAUGUCAUCUGCAUUGCUGAGUUAAAGCUUGGAUUUAUUGCUCAGGCAUGUCUGGCACCUGGAUUCUCGACUAUAAUGGCCAACCUGUUUGCUAUGAGGUCGAAUAGUGAGAUUAAGCGAGCUGUUCGUUCCUUUAGUAGUACUGACCUGUCGGAAGACAUUGCUUGUGAUUGUGAUGAUGUAGGUCGGAAGGUUUCGUGGCAGACGCAUUAUUUACAAGGCUGUGGGAAUGAGAUGUACACUGAGUAUCUCUCCAAGUCUUUCACCGGAAUGUCAUUCCCUGAAGUAGCACAGGUGUGUUUUCAGAAGCUGAAAUUGUUGCUGAUUGCAGUGGAGUCCAACAUUGACACAGUGGAGAGCAUAAUUGCAAUCAAUCCUGGACCACACAUCAAGAUCUACGAAGGAACACUCGGCUUUUUUGUUGCAGCUUCAGCUCAAGAAGUCAAAAGAGCGUAUUACUACUGUAAAGCAUGCCAUGAUGACGUCAUCGCCGUGGAGAAAAUCAAACAAUGCGACUGUGAUAAUGCUGAUUAUUUAGGGCGGCGAGCCAAACGACGGGGUCUUCGGCGAUUGUUGCCGUGUUCACGGAAACGCAAACAUCCUAAGUUCUCAGUUGCUAACAUAAGUAUGGCCAUAACACACACACCUGAAGAGAAGAGGGUGAAAGGACAACUGGUUGUUAAUCCAGACUCUGCACUGAGCAUUCCGUCGAACCUUGAGGGCGGCAAACCGGACAAGACUAACGGACUCGUGCUGACCAAUAACAGCUGCAUACCGGUGCAUACAUGUAGCUCUAACCGAAUCAAGAAAGAGGGUUUGGAUGUAAGUGAAGAUGAUUGGUACGAUCGACCAAAUAAACCAAACGUCAUCAACACCACCAGACCACGAAAGAAGGAUAGGUCCACAAGUUAUGCUUUUCGUCGUCGAAUCCGCUUUGACCGACCACGUCCAUGCGUGGGGUCACUUGGUCAUCUUCUUCUAAGGAUGAAAUUGACAAAUGGUGAACGCAACAUGAAGCCAACUUGCACCAGUAGGGUGAGUCCACGCUUCAAGCAUCUUCCAGAUGUCUUCGACGGGGAUGUGACUUAUCAGUUUGACUCCACCGGAAUGUUCCAUUGGUGCAAGGAGAGAACGUCAGCUUAUGCACUCUUGACACGCGAAGAGGCACAACAGACGAACUUGUCUGGUCACGUUGUAGUCUGUGUGUUCGGACAUAGAAACUCCCCGCUUAUUGGGAUGAGAAACUUUGUGAUGCCGCUGAGAGCGAGUAACUUUCAUCUUGAGGAGCUCAAGACGAUUGUCGUGUUAGGAGAUCUUCAGUAUAUCGUCAGGGAAUGGGAGACGUUGAAGAACUUCCCCAAAGUAUAUAUCAUGAAUGGUUCACCACUCAGCCGAGCUGACCUACGCGCCGCCAACGUCAAUCAGUGCGACAUGUGCGUCAUCCUCUCGGCCAACGACAGCACGUCCGAGGAUCAGAGCCUCCAAGACAAGGAGACCAUCUUAGCGUCGUUGAAUCUGAAGGCGAUGAUGUUCGACGACUCAGUGGGGCUCCUCGUCGCUCAAGAUCAAGGUGAAGAUGAGGAGGAUUCAGAGGGAGAUGUUGGUCCUGGAUCUUCAUCUGAAGAGGAAGAUGAUGAGGGUCCGUCAGGACCGUCGGGACCGUCGGAUUACAAGGAUGUGCUGAAGACAACGGAUGACAGUGAUGCGAUUAUGCCGAUGCAACUCCCUCGAAUGGACAGUCCGAAGAGGGAUAACCCAGGGCGGAGAGGAUCCGCUGUGGGAGCCAACGUUCCGAUGAUAACUGAAUUGGUGAACGACUGCAACGUGCAAUUCUUGGAUCAGGAUGACGAUGAUGAUCCUAACACAGAACUCUACCUAACUCAGCCUUUUGCAUGUGGUACAGCCUUUGCUGUUAGUGUACUUGACUCCCUGAUGAGUGCUACUUACUUCAAUGAUAACGCUCUCACCUUAAUCAGAACGCUGAUUACAGGGGGUGCCACUCCCGAACUAGAGCAGAUCUUAGCAGAAGGAGGCGAUAUGAAACCUGGUAUGAGCACCCCUGAUCUCUUAGCUAACCGAGAUAGAUGCAGAGUGGCGCAGAUUCCGCUCAUAGAUGGCCCUCUAUCGCAGUUUGGGGAUGGCGGGAUGUAUGGUGACCUAUUUAUUGGGGCCAUUAAGAAGUUUGGGAUGCUCUGUUUCGGUAUCUACCGGUUCCGUGAUUCAUCACUCUCCACUACCACUCCAUCCUCCAAACGCUAUGCCAUCACAAACCCACCGUACGAGUUCCAACUCAUGUCCACUGAUCACGUGUUUGUCCUACGCCACUUUGACCCCUACCCACCAUCCAAGGCAAAAAGUCAAAGUGCGGGGUCAACAAAUGGGGGGCAGUACAAGAAGAAGAAACGAAAGAAAGAUAAAACUGAGAAAAGAAACUCUGUUGGGAGUGUCGAGAUGACCGCCCAAACUUCGACCCAAUCAUCACCGCCCUUGGUACCUGUUGCUAAUGACAACAGCACUACAGUGUGCUGAUAGUGAAAGGUCAAAAGUCAAGGGUCAUCAGUCGACAUGAGGAGAGGAGCAGUUAUGCAUUAGACUGACAGUAAGGAAAAUGUUACCAUGGAAAGUGGAUGAAAUCAGGAAAUCGUUCUCUUGAGCAGAAGACCAUUUUAAAGAUCAGAGGUCAAUAUAAUGGGGGCAGAAGUGGGAUAUGGUUGUUUAGAGGGUCGAUUCUUAACUAUUAACUAUUACAUUAUAGAAUGUCAAGAAUUGAGCAGUAUGAUGCUGUUUAUAUCAAGCGUGCAUGCCGGUAUGUGCAUGUUUUACUUCUUGUGCAUGAUAGAUGUAUCUUUUAUACAUUGAAAGAAAUACUGGUGGCGGGGUGACGUUGUUAGAUACAAAUUAAAUUGUAUAAAAUAUUUAUUUAUGAAGGUGUUUAUUUUUGUAUAAGUUUCAGGAGACGGAACGUUUCCUUUAUUUAUUUCUGGCAAGUUUGGCAAAGUGCAAGUAGAUCUAGUCUGUUCUAUCUGCAGGAAUUACACAAAGGAAAAAGAUCUAAUCACACUACAAAUCUAAGUUGGAAUUUUCAUUUAUGAAUUAUUCUUUCAAAACGGUGGAACGUUAGGCAAGGAAAGUGUUUUUGAAAAGGUUUUUUAAGCCUGAGAUUGUUUUGGACAUAGACCAUGAUACCCUUUGUUUACAAAGAUAGCGACCUUUUGUACAUUCCAGGGCGAUUCUGGGCAGGCGAGAUACUACACAUGGGCCCAAUUCAUAAAGGUGCUUAAAGGCAGUGUACACGAUUGGUAAUUACUCAGAAGAAUGUUUAGCAUAAAACCUUACUUGGUAACGAGU